AUGUCAUUCUAUCGCGCCUCUGUCCUUGCACGCUCAUUCUCCAGCGGUGCGCGUCGCUACUCGACUGCCCCCGCCCAGAAGAAGUCGAGCAGCCUUCCCUUCGUCUUCCUCGGCGUAGGCGUCGCGUCGGCUGCUGCAUAUUGGUACAUCGACUCACAGGCUCCCCCGAAACCCAAACAGGAGAAGAGCCCUCUCGACCCCGAGAAGUUCAUCGACUUCAAACUCAAGAAAAUUGUCCCAUACAACCACAACUCGUCGAGCUUCGUCUUUGAGCUCCCCAAUAAUGAAGCCUCCCUAAUCCCAGUCGCUUCUUGCCUCGUAGUAAAGUCGUCUGACCUGGAGGGUCUCGUUGACGCGAAGGGAAAGCCCAUUAUUCGCCCAUAUACGCCCAUUUCACCUCCCGACGCGCCUGGAGAGCUUACUCUUCUCGUCAAGCGCUAUGAGACAGGAAACAUGUCCAAGUAUAUCUUCGGACUCAAGGAAGGGGACACUCUUGCGCUUAAGGGCCCUAUUACCAAGCUACCUUACCAAGCUAACGAGUUUGAUGAAAUUGCCUUGAUCGGAGGUGGCAGUGGAAUCACUCCUCUGUACCAAGUCCUGACCCAUGCGUUGUCCGACAAGAAGAACAAGACCAAAUUCAAGCUCCUGUACUCUAACGUGACAGAGAAGGACAUCCUCCUUCGCGAAGAGCUCGAUGGCUUGAAGAAGAAAUACCCCAAUAACCUCGACAUCCUCUACCUCCUUGACCAACCUUCUGAGGGCUGGAAGGGCCGUGUUGGAUAUAUCUCAGCUGACAUCAUCAAGCAGCACGUCAGCCCGGCAAGUCUGAAAGAGAAAGUGAAGGUCUUCGUUUGCGGCCCACCUCCACAGGUCGCUGCCAUUGCUGGCAAGAAAAACGGUAUGAAGCAAGGCGAUCUCGGCGGCAUUCUCAAGGAGUUAGGUUACACGGAAGAUCAGGUCUUCAAAUUCUAG